GGUCCUUCAGCUGCUGCUGAAGAGACAAGACCCACGUGCACGCCCACAGCUGGAGUCUCUGGACGAACACCUCACUGCUGCCCCCGGGAUUCAAGGGGAAACCGAGACCUGAAUGGGCUCGGCCGUCUCCAGCAGCUCGCGUGACGACCGCAGCCGUGGCAGGUGAAAAGGUUGCUGUAUCAACUCACGGAAGCCAUAGCCUCACCAUCUUUGUCUUUUAAACUGCAUCAACAGUGAAGUGAUGAUAUCUGAGAACAGAACAUUUGCCAACUAACUGUCAUCACAGUUUUCAAGUGAUUGUAUAAGCAGAAACAAGCUGCAGCAGACCUGUGUGUCAGCUAGUAUAGAGAGAAUGCUUUCUUCUGAGGCUGUUUAUUUAGAAGCAGUUUAGGUAUAGCACAUUUAAAUUAUAUCAAAUGAAAUAAAAAUGAGUGAAGCCCCCAGAUUCUUUGUUGGGCCUGAAGAUACAGAAAUAAACCCUGGAAAUUAUCGACAUUUCUUCCACCAUGCAGAUGAAGAUGAGGAGGAGGAGGAUGAGUCUCCACCGGAAAGGCAAAUUGUGGUUGGAAUAUGUUCCAUGGCAAAGAAAUCCAAAUCCAAACCAAUGAAGGAAAUUCUUGAACGGAUAUCCCUAUUUAAAUAUAUCACAGUAGUGGUAUUUGAGGAGGAUGUUAUUUUGAAUGAACCAGUGGAAAACUGGCCUUUAUGCGAUUGUCUUAUUUCUUUCCAUUCUAAAGGAUUUCCACUGGACAAAGCAGUUGCCUAUGCAAAACUCAGGAAUCCAUUUGUAAUCAAUGACUUGAAUAUGCAGUAUCUCAUACAAGAUAGGAGGGAAGUAUAUAGUAUUCUUCAAGCUGAAGGUAUUUUACUUCCUCGUUAUGCGAUUUUGAAUCGAGACCCAAAUAAUCCCAAAGAAUGCAGUCUGAUUGAAGGGGAAGAUCAUGUAGAAGUAAAUGGGGAGGUUUUCCAAAAGCCAUUUGUAGAAAAGCCAGUCAGUGCAGAAGAUCACAAUGUUUACAUUUAUUAUCCAACGUCUGCUGGUGGUGGAAGUCAGAGACUUUUUCGAAAGAUUGGCAGUAGAAGUAGUGUUUAUUCUCCAGAAAGCAAUGUACGAAAAACAGGCUCAUAUAUAUAUGAAGAGUUUAUGCCCACAGAUGGUACUGAUGUUAAGGUUUACACAGUGGGUCCAGAUUAUGCCCAUGCCGAAGCUCGAAAAUCUCCAGCACUUGAUGGCAAGGUGGAACGAGAUAGUGAAGGAAAAGAAGUAAGAUACCCUGUUAUUCUUAAUGCACGAGAAAAAUUAAUUGCUUGGAAAGUCUGCCUCGCAUUUAAGCAAACAGUUUGUGGCUUUGAUUUGUUACGGGCCAAUGGACAGUCCUAUGUCUGUGAUGUCAAUGGCUUCAGUUUUGUGAAAAAUUCCAUGAAGUAUUAUGAUGAUUGUGCAAAAAUACUUGGCAAUAUUGUAAUGCGAGAGCUUGCUCCACAAUUUCAUAUCCCCUGGUCAAUUCCCUUAGAAGCUGAAGAUAUCCCGAUUGUACCAACUACGUCUGGAACUAUGAUGGAACUUAGAUGUGUCAUAGCUGUCAUACGUCACGGGGAUCGAACACCAAAACAAAAAAUGAAGAUGGAAGUGAGGCAUCAAAAAUUUUUUGAUCUUUUUGAAAAGUGUGAUGGAUAUAAAUCUGGGAAAUUAAAACUCAAAAAGCCAAAACAAUUACAGGCAAUGCUGGAUAUUGCACGACAACUUCUUAUGGAGCUGGGGCAAAAUAAUGAUUCUGAAAUUGAAGAAAACAAGUCAAAACUUGAACAACUGAAGACCGUGUUAGAGAUGUAUGGCCAUUUUUCUGGAAUAAAUCGUAAGGUCCAGUUAACCUAUCUCCCUCAUGGUUGUCCUAAAACAUCUAGUGAGGAGGAAGACAGCCGAAGAGAAGAACCAUCCUUACUUUUGGUUCUAAAAUGGGGAGGAGAACUAACCCCUGCAGGCAGGGUCCAGGCUGAAGAACUUGGAAGAGCUUUCAGGUGUAUGUAUCCUGGAGGUCAAGGAGAUUAUGCAGGAUUUCCUGGUUGUGGUUUACUCAGAUUACAUAGUACCUACCGACAUGACCUCAAAAUAUAUGCCUCUGAUGAAGGACGGGUCCAGAUGACUGCAGCUGCUUUUGCAAAGGGGCUAUUAGCUCUGGAAGGAGAGCUUACACCCAUUCUUGUUCAAAUGGUGAAAAGUGCAAAUAUGAAUGGUCUUUUGGAUAGUGAUAGUGACUCUUUGAGCAGUUGUCAGCAACGUGUGAAAGCAAGACUUCAUGAAAUACUUCAGAAAGACAGGGAUUUUACUGCUGAAGAUUAUGAAAAGCUUACUCCAUCUGGAAGCAUUUCUCUUAUCAAAUCAAUGCAUUUAAUUAAAAAUCCUGUGAAGACCUGUGACAAAGUUUAUUCCUUGAUACAAAGUUUGACUUCUCAAAUCAGACAUCGAAUGGAAGAUCCCAAAUCAUCAGAUAUUCAGCUUUACCAUAGUGAAACAUUAGAGCUUAUGCUGCGUAGAUGGUCCAAAUUGGAGAAAGACUUUAAAACAAAGAACGGAAGAUACGACAUUAGUAAAAUCCCUGACAUAUAUGACUGUAUAAAAUAUGAUGUCCAGCAUAAUGGUUCCUUGAAAUUAGAAAACACAAUGGAAUUAUAUAGACUUUCAAAAGCUUUAGCAGAUAUUGUUAUCCCUCAGGAAUAUGGUAUAACUAAAGCUGAAAAACUGGAGAUUGCCAAAGGCUACUGUACGCCUCUAGUUAGAAAAAUUCGCUCAGACCUUCAGAGGACACAAGACGAUGACACUGUGAAUAAACUCCAUCCUGUAUAUUCCAGAGGUGUUCUGUCUCCUGAACGUCAUGUCCGUACCAGAUUAUAUUUCACCAGUGAAAGUCAUGUGCAUUCUUUACUAUCUAUUCUUCGCUAUGGUGCCUUAUGCAAUGAAUCAAAGGAUGAACAGUGGAAACGAGCUAUGGAUUACUUGAAUGUUGUCAAUGAACUCAACUACAUGACUCAGAUUGUUAUCAUGCUAUAUGAGGAUCCUAACAAGGAUCUUUCCUCAGAGGAACGCUUUCAUGUUGAAUUACACUUUAGUCCGGGAGCCAAAGGAUGUGAAGAAGACAAAAAUUUACCAUCUGGCUAUGGAUAUAGACCAGCUUCAAGAGAGAGUGAAGGCAAGAGAUCUUUUAAAAUUGAUAAUGAUGACGAACCACAUACUUCUAAAAAAGAUGAGGUUGAUCGAGCUGUGAUAUUGUUCAAACCGAUGGUAUCAGAGCCAAUUCAUAUACACAGGAAGUCUCCACUUCCAAGAUCUAGGAAGAUGGCUACAAACGAAGAAGAGAGCCCCCUGAGUGUGUCUAGCCCAGAGGGUACUGGUACCUGGCUGCAUUAUACCAGUGGUGUGGGUACUGGGCGUCGAAGACGCAGAUCAGGGGAACAAAUCACUUCUUCCCCUGUCUCCCCCAAAUCAUUGGCUUUCACAUCCAGUAUUUUUGGCUCAUGGCAACAGGUUGUAUCUGAAAACGCUAAUUACCUGCGAACACCGAGAACACUUGUGGAACAGAAGCAGAACCCUACUAUAGGGUCUCACUGUGCGGGCCUGUUUAGCACCUCGGUGCUCGGGGGUUCUUCAAGCGCACCUAACCUACAGGAUUAUGCUCGUACUCAUCGUAAAAAGCUGACCUCUUCUGGCUGCAUAGAUGACGCCACACGCGGUUCUGCUGUUAAAAGGUUUUCUAUCUCAUUUGCUCGACACCCAACCAAUGGCUUUGAAUUGUAUUCCAUGGUGCCAUCUAUUUGUCCUCUAGAAACUCUUCACAAUGCCCUGUCUUUAAAGCAGGUGGAUGAAUUUCUUGCUUCCAUUGCUUCUCCAUCAAGUGAAGUUCCACGGAAGAGCCCUGAAAUUUCCUCUACAGCUUCACGUUCCAGUCCAGUAAUGAGAAGAAAAAUAUCUUUAAAUACAUAUACACCUGCAAAGAUCCUGCCGACACCACCAGCUACCUUAAAGAGUACUAAAGCAAGCAGCAAACCAGCUACCAGUGGACCUUCUAGUGCAGUUGUUCCUAAUACCUCAUCUCGGAAAAAGAGUAUAACUAGCAAAACAGAAACGCAUGAACACAAAAAAACCACUGGGAAGAAGAAAUGAAAUCUUCUUAGCAGAAACUGGAACUCGUUAUACUUAUAAAAAUCAUGUAUUCAAUAGAAAAAGACACGUAAUAAAUCUUGACUGAAACUGUUAAA